AUGGCCGCAAACUAUCUUAACCAAUUAAUACUAAUGGACCAUGAGACUGGUAAGGAGUUGCAAGCAUUUGAAGUUACCUAUUCUGAGGAAGAAAAAGUCGAGAAAUUUUUGAGUUCCUUGCCGGAAAAGUGGAGUAAUUACAUUACCACUUUGCAGGAAAAAGCAGAUUUCUCUGAUAUGUCUUUGACUCGGAUAGUUGCUAAGUUUAGGGGACAAGAAAUGAAACUCAAAUGGAGGAAAGCAGGAUAUAAUAAUGCUCAGAUUCCCGAGCUUUAUUAUGGUAGGCCUAUGAUCAAUGUAUAUGUUGAUGAAUUGGUUGAAGAAGACCAUCACUUCAUCUGUACUUCUUUGCAUCCAUCUGUUCCAGAGCCUUUGCUUUCAAAGUUGAUAUCAUUCAAUAAACGUUUGUAUGAGGAGACAAUGGUUAACCAUAAGUUUGGACAAUCUGGAUCCCCAUGGGAGUUCAAUUUACGAGAUAUUAUUCGUUCAUGUCAGAUCAUAGAAGGUGCUCCUGUAAGUUCGAAAACAGACUGUUUUCUGAACACUGUGUAUGUCCAACGGAUGCGUUCAUCGACUGACCGUCAAGAAGUUUUGAAACUCUACGAGCAGGUUUUUGGAGUAAAACCGAUCAUAAAUUUAUACCCUCGGGUACAGCUUACUCCAGAAAACUUGGUUAUUGGAAACACUUGUGUAAAAAGAAACAAUAUUCAAUCUUCAGCAGUAUCCUGGCGUGAGCUAAAACUUUUGCCAGGUCAACGUCAAAGCUUGCAAACAGUGGCUCAGUGUUUGAACCAUCAGUGGUUGGUCUUGCUGGUUGGACCAACAGCUUCCUGCAAAACUUCUGUGAUACGAUUAAUGUCACAGCUCACUGGAAAUGUGUUGAAUGAACUUAACCUUUCAUCAGCUACUGAUAUAUCCGAGUUACUUGGAUGCUUUGAGCAAUAUAAUGCUAUUCGCCAUUAUCGGUUGGUCAUUGAACAGGUUGGGCGCUACAUGAAUGCAUUCAUCUCUCUCAAUACAUCCACAAAACUUAAGGGCUUGAUCACCCGUUGGUUGUCAUUUACGUCAAGUAUUGACCAGAGUGCUGCAAGUUUUGUUACUGUUUCUGUUGAUAACGGGAGUAGGGAAAUUUUCCGUUCACUUCCUUUAUUAGUUGAUAUAAUUGAGGACCUUAAGUUGGCUAUGGAAAAUGAUAGUGAAGAUUUUGAUAGAUUGCUGAAGAUUGUUAGGAAGCUGCAAGAUGAUCAGAGGAAACUGCUGUAUCCUGCAAAGUUUGAAUGGGCAACCGGAUUGCUUAUCAAGGCUAUAGAGAAUGGAGAAUGGAUUGUGUUGGAGAAUGCAAACCUUUGCAACCCUACGGUUCUUGACAGAAUCAACUCUCUAGUUGAGCAGUCCGGAUCGAUAACUGUCAGCGAAUGUGGUACCGUAGAAGGAAAACCAAUGGUUCUUCGUCCUCAUCCUCGUUUUCGGAUGUUCCUAACGGUUAACCCUGCAUAUGGUGAAGUUUCACGAGCUAUGCGAAAUAGAGGGGUUGAGAUCUACAUGAUGCAGCCUUACAGUUUGACUGGUGGGACCUAUGGUGAGGAUGAACCCAAAGAUGUGAAGAGGUUUCUUGUACUUUCCGGUAUACCUGGUGAACGUCUAGUUGAUGCAAUGGCUAAAGCACAUCUUUUCGCCAAAAAAAUUGGGUUGCAACAUAAUGUCAACAUCUCGUAUCUUGAGCUUAUGAGGUGGGUACAGUUAUUUCAACGGCUUCUUACAAACGGAAAUCAGGCUUUUUGGAGCUUGAAAGUCAGCUUUGAGCACACAUAUCUCUCUUCUUUAGGCGAGUUUGAUGGAAUAAAUAUAUUAAACGAAGCAGUUGGUUCUUAUUUAUCAAAGCCUGAACUUUAUCAUUAUAGAUCCUAUCCAGAUUCUUCUUUAUGCUUACCUGGAGGUUGGCCCACAACCUUGAUGGUACCUGAUUAUGUAUGGUACUCGAUUGAAUCUUCUGUUAAACAAAAUUUUAUGUAUGUGGAGUAUCUUAGUGCUCAGAUUGCCUCACAUUCGUUUCGGGUUGGUUCUGGUCUGCGUCCAAUAAAGUUUGGUCAAUGUCAUAGUGUUUCCAUGAAGACAUAUGUGACGGACUUAGGGUCUUUGCAUGACAUGACAUUCCCGAGAGCUGGUGUUGCAGGUUUGGCAUCUGUUAAGCAAACAAGAUCUGAUGAAGCAGUCACGUAUAAAAGGCUACUGUUUGCUGCUAACUGGACUAUUGAACAGGCUGCUACUGAAAACGACCUUAAAGUGUAUCUUUUGUGGCUUGGGUGGUUAGGUGACCAUUUACAAAGAUAUUGUCCUUUUUUCUCUUCAUUUAUAAAAUUUCUGAAGAAAGAACUGGAACAUCCCAUAUGGAAUUGUUUUAGAAAAGAGGUUCUUAUGGCACAUGAUGCUGAGAAGAGGGAUAUGGAGUAUGCUGAUUUACAUGUGCCAGUAUUGAAGUCGUGCAGUCGAGUUCUUGCAAAUGCUGUUAAAUGUGUUGAGUUGUUAAGGAUUAGUUAUCAACAGUGGCAUGCUGAGAGUGAGUUUAAGCAUUCUGUCAAGACUCACUGUUACGUUCCCAUCUUACGCUCAUUAAGGAGGCUUGAAGAAAGAAUCCUUGAUAUUAUUGUCAAGUCUCCUUUCUUUGAUGUGCUUUUUGAGCUUUACAGAAAACUCAUUGAUGAUCACUUGUCUGCUUGGGAUGACCUAGUUUUAUGUCAGUUUGAUCGCAUGCUUAUUUCUUGGCGUUCUUUGUUAAAGAAUUCUAAAAAGCUAAAGAAGUUCUGUGCAAAUGAAGUAGAUUCGUUUCAGAGUGCCUUGGAGAAUUUGGAAAGAGGAUUUUCCUGGUCUUUGAAUUCACAGAAGUCAUUGCUUUGGGCAUAUGGUGGUCAUCCGCUAUCACCUUCUUCUGAAGAGAUAUACAGAAAGCAGCAGCAGCUUGUAAACCUUUGUCAUUCUAUAUGGAAAAGAGAGACCAGCUUGCAGGAAUUAACCUAUGAAGACUCCAUUGCAUUUGCUGUUUCUACAAAUCCUGAAAUACGUCUUCUUGCCAUGCAAGGUGUUUGCAUGUCUGCAUUUAUCAUGAGCGAAGUGGAUGAAGAUGACCUUGAUGUUAUAAAACAGAUGGAGGAGAUAUAUCAGAAACUUCUAAGCAAGUUUCAUGGUGAGAAAGACAAGCUGGUAAAGAGUAUAGGGACUAAUGAACGAGGAUUGUUUGGUGCAUCAUUGAGUUGUUGCAUGAUGGACAAUGACAUGUUAUGCCAUCCUUCUGGCUUUGGGUGCUGGAUUGAAACUAUGCCUUUAAUCAAUUGUACUAGUUUUGCACUUGAUAUGCGGCUACUUCAAGAGCUAUCCAGUAUUGUUGUUCUUGAUGGGACGGAACUUAAAUCUGGCUUAUUUACUUUGCGUUGGCUUCUGGAAUCUACUUUGAAGUAUUCCAUCAACUUUUCUUCAAGGCCGCCGACUGAUUUCUCUCCCUAUCAAAAAGUAUCUUGGAUUCUUGAUGCUUGGACCUCAGUCAAAUCUGCACAUGCAAACAUUUCUAGUAGUGUUCUGGAGAUGUGGUUUAAUUGGCACACAUCUUUGUGGAAGCAUCAUUUGCAUCGUGAAAAGAAAAUAUUGAGCCGACAUGUUUAUGCCGAUCUGGUACCUGAUAUGCUAUUUCAGCCAGUGACAACACUGACCCUAGACAAGAUUCUGCAUAUUCCAGUUGGGAUCAGGGAUCUCAAUGUACAUAGGUUGAAACUUGGGGUUUCUUCCUGCAGUCUUUGGCAAAGUUCUGCACACUUCGCUAAGUGCUAUUGUUUCUUUUUGUCGUCUGCUCAAGCUCUCUUUCUGCAGAUUAUACUUGCCCACGAGAAGUCCUUUGAAGCUGAUGGUUACUCGAUAAAGUCCAAAUUCUUUUCAGCUCAGCAACCUGAUGUGAAUGCAAUUUUAUCUCUUCUGAAAUCAUCAACCCACAAUGAUUUGAAGAACUUAAAAGAUUCAUUUAUAAAGCCACUGCUUCAUCAGUUAUAUGUCCAAACUCCAACAGUUCUCAAUGUUGGUUCUGCUUGGUUAAGAAUUGGUACGUUACGUUAUCAUCUUUUACAAUGCCAUGAUGAGCUGGAUCCAGCUGUGAAGAAGAACUUUAAAUAUAAUCAGUUGAUUAAAAGGAUUGCAGCACUUGAACUUGAUAUAGAAGUGCGGCAGGAGUGUGUGUAUCUAGCUGGAAGUUUCUCUUUAAGUGAAGUUGAUAAGGAGAAACUACAGUCACUAAAUAAUCUUAAAGCUGAAAGAAACAGGCUCCAAAGACAGGUUGUGUUUCGUUCUGAUCCUGCGAAAUUUAAGAAUUUGAUAUCUGAAUGGAACGAUUUUCAUGAGUUGGCUGCAACACCAUUAAAUCUCUUAGACAACAUGAUGAAUUUGAGUAUGCAAGAGUUUGCUGACCAAGUGCAUAAUUGGCAGAAAACUGCAAAGCGCUUUAUGGACAGAUUAUCUAAUGAAUACUCCGAGUAUGUUGACAUUACUCAACCUGUUCAAAUUGCAAUAUAUGAGAUGAAAUUAGGCCUGUCGUUGGUUCUGUCAAGCAAACUACGUGAAAGAUUUUUGGAUAGAGCCGGGCUGUCAUUUUUGGAUAGAGCCGGGCAUGACAACAUUGAUACUUGUUUGGGCGCAAUUUAUUCAUUUAUAAGGUUCCCUAGAGGCAUGGCAAGAAAAGAUGUUUCAUAUAUAGAGGACAGUUUCAAUGCUGAUCUUUCAUACUUCGAUAAAGCCUUUCCUACUUAUAUAGGGGAAGAUGAUAUGAACAUGGUGGAAACUUUGGUUACUUCUACCAUAGACAAUAAUACCAAUGAAGAGGGAUCUGUGUUGCAACUUAAAGCUGCAAUACAUCAAAAUGUUUUUGUUCGUGUGGUGCAUUACGUGGCUCAGGCACAUUUCCUGGACGAUUCAUCGUUCAAGCUUUUGCAUCGGAUGUUUGAUAAGUUUGCAAAUCUCUGGAUGAAUAUGAAAACUCAAGUUAGAACCAAAGAAGAACUUGAUUCUCAACAGUACAGAUUCAAACCUCGUGCUUUUGAUAUUAAAGAUGUCAUUGAAGUGGACGUAUCUACCCUUGAAAGCUCAAUUGCUGGAGAGGCUUUCUCAGAGUGGCAGGACUUGGCUUCUGAGGAACUGGUAGCAUCUGUUGCAAAGAAAAAUGCUGACAAAGAUAACGAGGUGUUAGAAAAAGAUUGGAAUCUUCUGUUGGAAUCUAUGCUGAACAAAAUGGUUAGCAUGUAUGGUGCAAUAUUUGGUUCAUCCGAUCUCUUUCAAGUGGCUGGAUCAGUUCAAGUAUCUGAUUCUGAUAGGCUGCGUUCUUUCUUGGACUCUUAUGAGCUGGGUACAAGAGUAAUAAAAGAUCUAGAGGGCCUAUUAUGCUCGAGUUUGGACGCUAAGCUUAUCCCAGAACAUGUACUGCGGCUUUGCUUGGAGCGUGAUCAGAUGUCUGUUUCAUCUCAUCAACUGAGAAAUGCUUACAACUUCUACAAGGAUUCAAAUUCUUCCAUGUUGGUGAAGAUGGUGGAUCCAUUGAUAAAUCUUCAAAAACAAAUUUUCUAUCUUCUAAGUGAACGGGAGGAUGACUAUGCUCUUCAGAAAAUUAUGGAUGUGAUUGAUAUGAUCUUGUCUAUACCUAUGAACACCCCUCUUGCUAAGGCUAUGUCAGGCUUGCAGUUUUUACUUAAUAGAGUUGGGAACCUUCAAGCAACUGUUUCAAAGUCCCUUCUAUCUGAUCAAGUAGAUCCUCUUUCUUCUCUUGUGUCUUCGUGGCAGAAAAUGGAAUUUGAGACGUGGCCUGCGUUAAUUGAUGAAGUUCAAGCUCGGUUUGAUGUAAAUGCUGGCCAGCUAUGGUUUCCUUUAUACUCGGUUCUUUGGCAAAGUCAUUCUACUGAUACUAAUGUAUAUAAGCAGACCACGAUACAGAGUUUAGUGGAGUUCUUUCAGACUUCCAGUAUUGGUGAGUUUAAAAAGCGUCUUCAGCUUGUGUUUGCCUUCCAUGGCCACAUCAGUUCUGCGAUAAGUCGAAAUUCUACUUUAAGUCGUGGUCAUGAGGACAAUUUGAAGAUUCUCUAUAAUACUUUUGGCUUCUAUAUUCAAUUCUUGCCUACUAUACUGGAGCAAUUGGCAUCUCAUAGGAAGAGUGUUGAGGGGGAGAUGAAAGAUCUCCUGAAAUUGUGUAAAUGGGAACGUACUGAGACGAUGGAAAGCUCAAAACGGAUGCGCGAGAAAUUCAAAAAGCUUAUUCAGAAGUAUACUGAUGUGCUAAAGCAACCAGUACUGCCUAUUCUGAAUCAAACAUCAGCUCGAAGUGAAUUACAAACAUUAGCAGUUCAUGAUCGAACUGUUUUUAGUAACUCCUUUGAGAAAUACAAGCGAGUUCUUGAAACUCAAUUCAGUAACAAAAGAAGAUUCUUAUGGCCAUCUACUUGGAGAAACAGAGUGGAUCUUACGUUGGAAGAUAUACGCCUUGCAAAGGCUGCCAAGUCCGACUACCCAUUUGUCUUCUUGGAGGAAGCCAAAGGCGAUAUAGAUGUUGUCAGCAAGUUUAUAGAUUCUAAAGUUGCGAGUGGUGUUCCUGAGAAAGAGUGGACACAAGUUCAGCUAAGAUUUGAAAACAUCAUCUCCAAUGUAAUUGGUUGCGGUGAACUAUGGAAGGAUGAAAAGAAGAGUUCACAAAAACGAAGGGCUCUUUCUGAACUACUUAAGCUAUUGGAUGCUUGUGGAUUGUCUAAGGAUAAAUCUGCUAAGGCUCUCUCUAAAUUACUAAAUUUAUUGGAUAGUUUUGGAUUGUCCAAGCAUAGGUCAACAUUCAAUGAGGAUAAAUCCAUGGCAAAUGAAUCAAGCGGAUGGUUUCUCCAACCGUCCUAUAUAAUGGAGCAUUUGCUACUUAAAGAAAACAGAUUAUCCUCUGGAAAUCUUGAUGUUAUUGCCCUAGAAAAGGCUCAAAAUUCUCCCAUAGAUCUUGGAAUUGAUUGGAAAAGUGCAAAUGAGUACUUCUUUAAGAGUUUAUCUUCCCUGGACCAUUUUCGACAAGUCUGCUCUAGUUUUGAGAAGGAUUUCACACUUAAGGAGGUUAAUAAGUCUUUUUCUUACCUUGAUCGUCUUGUUGGGAUACAAAAACUACAUAGAGCUGCGGCCUAUGAACUUGCUGAGGGCUUGGAACGCCUAAAGAAACGUAGUUCGCCACUCCAGAACUUGUUUAUGAGUAGAUCUGGGUACUCCUUAUCUCGCAAUCAGGGUAUCGUUUUUAACUGCAUGAGGCGACAGAAGCAACUGUUUGAUGCUAUGUGCAACACUUUAAAUGAUGAAUGCUUGUUGCUAACGGUUAUUGAAAGCAGUCAUUUAAACAAUUGUCAAAGUGUUGGAAUGACUGCUAGGCAGAUUCGCCUUUUUCUAGAGAAGUUUGUUUUCAACUUCAAGAAAUCUAAGGACUUGCUAGAUAAUUAUCUUUUUGGUGAUUGCGGCAGUCUAAUUAGUACAUCAGUUGUACUGUAUUCGUUUGGUGUUACAAAUCAAAUGGAACAGUUUGUUCAACAGAACUUUUUAUUAAUCUGGGAUUUUAAAGAGCAAUUGCAUGCUAUUCAUAAUCAAGAUGUGCAGGAAGUAUUAGCACACGAUGUUCUGUUUGACCAUUUCGAGGAUAUCUUCGCCAAGGCAAGCCUUUUAGAUAGUUACUACAAUUCUGCUUUGGAAGCAAUGAAUAAAUCAGUAAAAGUUCAAGAUGUUGAUGAGAUUUUGAAAGCUAAAGCUCGGUUCAAUGAGUCGCUUAGGAAAGCAUGUAAACACAUUGUCGACGGAUUUGAACGAGUUAACUUGGUCAAUAGUGUGGUAGACCCUUCAGAAGAUUACUUUGGAUACAUCGAUACGUGGCAAGUUUUAUUUGCUUCUAGAGCAGAGAAUCUGCAGUUGCACACUAUACAUGAUGAAUUAGUGAAAACUCUCGACUUUGCUCGGAAACUCUUGAACCUCUAUCGGAAUGAAGAUACGAGCAUGAUUCUUGUUGAAGCACAACUGAAACAUCUGCAUUCGUUAUUGGACUUAAUGAUUACCUUUGGCAAUGGUCUUCUAAAUGACUUUAUGCUGGCUCAUAGAAAUUUGUCUAUGGUUACUCAUGCACUCGCGGAGAUAUUCGCUUCCUUAUAUUCGCAAGGUUUUGGAUGCUCUGCCGAAAACCAGGAGGAAGAUAAUGGUCCUCAAGAUGCAACUGGGACUGGUAUGGGGGAGGGUGCUGGGAUUAAAGAUGUCAGUGAACAGAUAGAAGAUGAAGAUCAGCUACUUGGAACUGAAAAGGCUGAUAACGAACAAGGUGCCUUGAAUGACGUUCCGAGUAAAAAUGAUAAAGGUAUAGAGAUGGAACAGGAUUUUAAUGCUGAUGCGUUAAGUGUCAGUGAGGAUGAAAAUGAGUAUGACAACGAUGAUGAAAAUGAGGAGCCGCAGCUGGAUUCUGUCUGUGGAAAGACUGGAGAUAACAGUGAAAUUAUUGAUGAGAAACUCCAGGAUAAUGAAGAUGAUGAAAAUGAUGAAAAUCUCGCGGAAAAUGAAAAAUAUGAGACUGGACCAUCAGUCAAGGAUAAUGAUCCUGGUGGUAGAGAGCUUAGAGGUAAAGAAGAUGAUUUGGCAACUACUGAUGAAACCGGGCAGUUGGAUCCUGAUGAAUUAAACAAACAAAAUGAUGAAAACGGAGACCUAUUUAGUGAUACGGAUGAUAUGAAUGUAGAUAAAGAUGAAGUGUUUACUGAACCUACAGAAAUACAGCCUCUGGUGGAUUGUGAUGAUGAUCUUGACAUGAAUCAGCAAGAUGAUGUUGAUGACAAUGAAGAUGGUGGAACAGAAAGGGUGGACGAAAUAGCAGAUAUUGGCGAUGGUGAAGAAGAGAUUAAUCAAGAAAACCAGGAUGAAACCGAGUUUGAGACACAUACUGAAAAUUCUGAUAUGGAUACUGAAGAAAAUAACCAAGAAAAGAAAACCAAUGAUAAUCUGGAGGUACCUAAAAAAGAUUUCGCUGCACCGCUUGCCAAUGAUUUUGGUACUGAACACCAGCAAAAUAAUGAAUCCGCCACUCUGCCAAAUAGUGGGUCAAAUGAAGCAUCGACUAGAGAUGUUGCACCCGAAGUUGCUUGGUCCAAUAGCAACGAUGUUCAAAGUGAUUUGGCUCCUAUACAAGGUUUACCUAAUUCUUCAAAGAAUGAAAUUACAGUAGCUGAUUCAUCAAAGGGUGGGAAACUAAAUGAUGAGCAUGUUAGUCAAUUGCCUGAGCUUGAUCCUUCAUCUUUUCAGAAAAACGAUCCAAACCCAUUUCGUAAUAUUGGUGAUGCACUUGAUGGUUGGAAAGAACGAGCAAAAGUGUCGGUUGAUUUGGAAGAGAAGGAAGCUGAUCCUAUGGAUGAUUCGGAUGGUGGAGAUGAAGAUGCACUUGCAGAUGAGUAUGGUUUUACUUCUGGGUUGGAGAAAGGAACCGCGCAGGCACUUGGGCCGGCCGCAGCUGACCAGAUUGAUAAAAAUAUUGAUGAAAAAGAGCCUACUGAUGGUGACGCUGAUGUUGGAACCAUCGAAAAGAAAGAUAAUUCUGAUUUGGACAUUGAAGAACAACACCUUGAAUCCCGUCCCGUUAAGAAUUAUCCGUUAAACAUUGGAAAUACGGUUAAUGAAAAGAUAGAAGUCGAAAAAACAAAGAAUUUUGAUGAAACUCCUGAAAUUUUCAACCCUUCUAAAGAUGAUGAUCGUAGUCAUCUAGAGAGUUCGGUAUACAUGAAAAGGUCUUAUAUGACAGAGGACAUACGCCAGUGGGGACAACUUUCUGUUGCUGAUGAUGAUAUGGGGAUAGCCCACAAUUUUAAAGAUGUGUCUAGUGAUAUGAGAGAUUCUGCUACUGCUCUAUGGAGAAAAUAUGAGAUGCAGACAACAAGAUUGUCUCAGGAGUUGGCUGAACAGCUGCGUUUGGUCAUGGAACCAACUCUUGCUAGCAAGCUACAAGGGGACUAUAAGACUGGAAAACGGAUAAACAUGAAAAAGGUAAUACCAUAUAUUGCAAGUCACUACCGGAAAGAUAAAAUAUGGUUGAGACGGACACGGCCUAAUAAGCGUAACUAUCAAGUUGUGAUUGCUAUCGAUGAUUCCCGCAGCAUGUCAGAGAAUAAUUGCGGGAAUGUUGCUAUUGAAGCUUUGGUGACAGUUUGCCGUGCAAUGUCUCAACUAGAAGUAGGAAACUUAGCAGUAGCAAGCUUUGGGGAAAAGGGAAAUAUACAAUUACUACACGACUUUGAUCAGCCCUUCACCGGGGAAUCUGGAAUUAAGAUGCUCUCGAGUCUGACUUUUAAGCAAGAGAACACGAUAGCCGAUGAACCCAUGGUUGACCUUCUGAGAUAUUUGAAUAAUACGUUGGAUUCGGCGGUAUUGAAUGCUCGAUUAUCAUCUGGACAAAAUUUUUUAGAGCAGCUUGUUUUAAUCAUAGCUGAUGGUCGUCUCCAUGAGAAGGAGAAUCUGAAGCGUUGCGUUCGAGACAUUUUGAGCAAGAGACGAAUGGUUGCUUUUUUGCUUUUGGAUAACCCAAAGGAAUCAAUAACUGACGUUUUGGAAGCUUCGUUUGAAACUGGAAAGUGUCGCCUGGUAAAAUAUAUGGAUUCCUUCCCAUUCCCCUUCUACGUCAUCUUGAAGGACAUUGAAACUCUUCCGAGAACACUUGCUGAUUUAUUAAGACAAUGGUUUGAGCUUAUGCAACAUUCAGGCGCUUAAGUCCAUCUAAACGACAUCCAUUUCUUGGUGGCUUUUACCUGAACUUGAGGAUUUUGACAGCGCAUUCACAUGCAAUUUUGACCAUGAAAUGAUUGGGGUUUGUAUUAUGGUGAGGAAAGGAAAACAAUUGUAGUUAGUGUUUUAGAAGUUAAGAUGAUGAUUAUAUGUAUAGGCUUUCCUCAUAAAAAGUUUUAUACCAGUUUAUAUAUAUACCCUAACAAUAAUAUAUGGUAUAAGAAAAAGCGCAGAAGCCUCCAUUUUGUA